GGGCGAGGAAGAAGUGUCCAUGAAAAAGGUCGCGGCCUAAUUAGUUACGGUAGUGGCCCCAUUGAUGGAGUUUGUUCACGGUCUGCAGCGGCAACGCAUAGCCGCCGCACAACGGCAACAAGCGGCUAUGGCUGCCGGGGGCCCUAUGAUAAGACCGGCCGUGGCCGGGGCUGUCCUGCCCCUACGCUGUUAUAACUGUAAUCAGCCAGGCCACCUUGCGAAAGAUUGUCCGAAACCUCGAACUCAGAGUGGGUCCGCUGGGCCCACCGGACCUUCCCAAAUCCCGUUGGCUGCUCCAACCGCUGCAGGACAGGAGAGGGUAGCCAUGGUAAUGGACACGGGAACGACGGAGAUGGUGACCCCUGCGGCCACUGAGAUAGGACCCGAUGAGUAUAUGGCGGCAACGAUGUUCGAACCCAGGACCAUUGGAGUGAUACGUCACGUCCAACGGAUUACUGAGGAAAGCGACCUCGGGCCGUGGCGACCAGGGUUCGAAGAUCUUGCGGCAUCUGGUCCUGAAUACAAGGAUGGCCAUAUCGACGUAUUGGAUGCCGUGAAGGCUCUGGAUCUACGGAUCCCCAUCCCCAUUCCCUAUCUGCUAACCAUUUCCGAAGCGGCUAAUGAAAAGUUGAUUGAACGAUGCCUCAAAAACAGGCGCAGAUUCGAGGAAAGUCAAAAGGGCAAAAAGUCGGUCCUACGAGACCCACCCACAAACGAGGAGUCACAGCCCUCGACCUCAAAGGUGCACGAAGCCAACCGGAUAGGAAUGAUCCAGACCGUAGACUCCGCCUCGAAACCCGAGGUAUUCCUCCGAGCCUAUCCUAUAACCUGGAAAAGCGUUGAGUGUGACUGCGAGGUCUGGGGAAACCCCUCGGCCGCCAUCCUAAACUUGGGAUCGUCAGUGGUCGCCAUUUCUUGGAGAUUGACGGAACGAUUGGGAAGGGAAGAACAGGUUCAGCCCCUCCGACCGGAUGAGCUGUAUAUAUCCGCUACGGAAGACAACAUUAAUUGUAAAGGGCGGAUAACGAACGUGCCUAUACGGGUGGGGCGGGUGCAUUGUUUAUGCGACGCAAUCGUGCUGGAUGUACAGGCGUAUGAUGUUCUGCUAGGCAUUCCAUGGCAGGCGGCGGUUGGAGCGCGAAUGCACUUUGACAGCUGGUUCAAAGUGGCUCUGGAGAAAAGCGAGUUUUUUUUGUCCAAAAUUUCCUUUUGGGGCUACAUCGUCACGGACGAGGGACUGGAACCGGAUCCCAGGAAGGUAGCAGCGGUUCGAGAGGCCCCGGCCCCGGUCACGCUCACCCAGGUUCGAGCCUUCCUAGGGCUGGCCUCUUAUUAUCGACGCUUCAUUCGGAGCUUUGCCUGCCUCGCCAAGCCGCUGACGAACCUGCUGAAGAAGGAGGAGCAGCUGAUCUGGACACCUGUGUUGGCGCGCCCCGAUCCGACACGACAGUUUGCGCUGCAUACCGACGGGCAGCCGCAGGCGAUAUCGGCGGUGCUGACUCAGCAAGGAUCGGAUGGAAGGGAGCAUGUCAUCGAGUAUGCGUCGAAAACACUGAGCCAGGCGCAGUCAAACUACGAGGCGUGCAAGGGUGAAUGCUUGGCGGUGGUGUGGGGAGUUCAGCACUUUCGACCGUAUCUGUACGGCCAGAAGUUCGUGCUCGUAACAGAUCAUCAGCCAUUGCUAUCGUUGUGGAACAACACAGACUACACGGGGACCUUGGGAAGGUGGGCGGUGAGAUUGCAGGACAACGACUUCGACAUCCGCCACCGUGCCACCCGGCAGCACGGGAAUGCCGAUGGUUUGACGCGCCUCCAGCCGCCGAGCAAGAGUCCCGCGAACGAGAAGCACAUCCCGUGGAAGCCGAUUUCGCCUUCGACGGAGCCCGGCUACGGGGAGGUGAAUGUCCUCCGCAAGGGGGUGUACGUGGACAUGACGCAGUUGCCUGGGCGGGAGACAACUCGGGUGUUCAUCGAGUUCCGCGCGCUCCAGGUAGCACCCAACUUUGUGCAUAGCGUCGCCACCUUUAUCGGCGACUUGACGAUCCUGCCACCGCCGAGUUGGGAGCUGGCGCGGAGUUUUGUGCGCGAGUACGUGGUGCAGGCGGCCAGAUCAGUGGCCAGGAUGAUCGAUCCGGGAUUGUUGGAGCUCAUACAUCUUGAGCUCCUAUCCAUUGCGCAAGUGAUCGCGAGCAAGGAAGAGGAGAUCCAGCCACGAUUGCGGACGACGGCUGCCCCGCGGAGAACGUACAACGCGGUCGUCAUCUCGGAUUACAUUGCGCAGCGCGCGGAGAGGUUGGAGGACUUCCCGGAGGAAAAGCCAUUGCGGCCUCCCUCGUCAAAUCCCAGACCGGCGCCGCCAAAGGCCCCCAAGAAGAUGCCGAAGAGGAAGAGACGCCACCCGUCGCCAGGAGCGCAAGGCAGCAGGAUCGGUGGCGGCGAGGAGGUGGUUCAGCCUGUGCACACACGGGAUCUUGACCCGGUGCCCGGGAGUGCGGCGACGCGGGUUAAGGAGACCAUCGUGCCAUCACCGCCCUUCCCGCGCGUGCCCGAUCUCAAUCUCGAUGGAGCCGGGCCAUCAACCGCAGCAGCCGGAGGAGGGAGCCGAGUGGGAUUACUGGAUCCCGUACCCGGAUCCCCCGUCCUCGCGGGACCUUUCCGCUUCCGCCCGCCACCCCUGACUGCCCCGAUCAUUGACAUUAGUAGUUACUCCGAGCCGGACGGUCCAUCCGACAGAGGUGGACUUCAUGGUGGAGCCCACCACCAUCAGACUCGAGGCCAUCGCGGGGGCGCCGCGCCCUGAUCCGGCGUGGGAGCCAUAUCUGACACCCCCUUUUCAAGGGUGUAUUGCGGCGCGACUGGCGGGGACACUCAUCUAUGAG